CUGUGUGUUUCGAACGUGUGGUGCGUGUGGUUGCUUUUUCAGAGCCAAGCUUGCGUGGUCCGUCCGGCGUCGGUGCUGGUGACCAGGACAGUGGGUAAGGCAGACAGCAGGAAGGCCGUCAGAUGAGAGCAGCAUAUGGUAGGGUAGCCGGAUGGUCGCGGCAUUGGCAGCCUUUUCGGACGGAGGUUGGAGGGAGGAGGAGGCGUAAUGGCUGUUAGCACGCACGCAACAGCGAGGAUGAGGAAGGAGCAGCUCAGCGAGCAGUCGAGACCACCCACUCUCUUUCCCCUCCGACCAACCCGAGCAAGAGCCAGAACCAGAGCCAGACCAAAAGCCAAAGCCACCAGCAAAUACCCCCUUGGGAAGCCGGCCGGUCCGAGCGUGACUGAGGCCUCCUCCAGCCCUCCUCCGUUCGACCAAGCAAAACAAGCAAUCAACCAAGCUCGCACGCACUCACAAGCGCACGCACGUCGUCGUCCUGUCCGUCCGUCGAUCUCGAUGGAUGGGCGACGGCGACGAACACUGCCCGCACGGAGUACCGCGGCCGAGUCAUCCUGCGCCCUGAAACCCGUCUCCACCACGGAGCAGAGCACCAGCUCCAGGAAUAAAACAACACCAACUGAAAAUGGAAAGUGAAGAGAAAAAAAUGCCCCGGCACCUUCGGUCUUGGCUUCGUCCUCCCGGCCCCCCCUUGGGACCGAA